AUCUUCAGCGCCGGCGAGUGGCAGGUGCAGCUCGCGUGCGGUUCGUUUUCCUCCUGGGGCUCCUCAUCUUUUUCUGUGAAAUGGAAGACACCUUUAGGUCAGAUACUAGACUGACUUUUCAUCAGGCCGCGAUUCCAUUUUGAAGCUGAACAACCCUUUAGAGGAAGGAAACUACUCCUGCUUCAUAGACAUCCAUGAGCCUGCUGCCAGGUGUGCGCAUGUGCCGUCCACCAUGAUGGUCAGUAAUGAGAUUCACGUAGACAGCUGUUCCGCACAGAGGGCGCUGUUCAGUUCAGCCAAGCGUGAAAUCCAGGAAAUCACAUCCGUCUUCCAACAGUUUGUAAAUCUAGAAUCUGACACUGUGCGCCUUGUCGGAGGCAGCAGACCGUGGAAUGGAAGACUUGAAGUGAAGGUGAACGGCACGUGGGGAGCGGUGUGCAGCAGCAACUACUAUUCGUCCAUUGCCCUUGUUGUCUGCAGGAGUCUACGACUCAAGCGAGAUGCAAGUUAUUCGCCGCAAGUAAAUGUCGGCGCAAACUACGGCACGAGCACGUUACCGGCUCACAUCGGAUACAUUACCUGUACCGGCGAUGAAGACAGCAUCUUUAACUGCUCCAUCAACUACAACGGUCAAUCCUGUAAUCGCUACUACGAUAUCGCAGUGGACUGCUUGCCAAGAUUCACACUGAAUUAAAAACAAGUAGACCUUACAAAGUUGCGGUAAUGAAGUAACAAUGUCUCAUUAUCUGACAUGUUCACUGUCUUAGCAUAAACUUACUUUUAUUUACAGUGAUUCAACUUUGAAAAGACACACGAUGAAUUGUUUAUGCACAUUCUUAUCUUUUUCUUUAUUUGCUUUGAUUCUUUCACGAUCUACCUUGAUUAGUCGGCAAAUUUGUAAUAAAGUAUUAAAUAGUU